AUGGCUUCCCAUCAUCGAAACUCACAGUACGCAUCAGCCAGCUAUGACCAGCCGCGGCGUCAACAGCGCACGCGCUCGAGCGAUGGCACUGUCAGCACCUCAAUGAGCUCAUCGUCUGGUCGGGAAUCUGCCGCUACGCACGUCACCGACGCUCCCUCGUACUCGAAGAAGAUUGUCGUGGUAGGAGAUGGUGGGUGCGGCAAGACAUGUUUGCUCAUAAGCUACAGUCAAGGCUAUUUUCCCGAGAAAUACGUUCCCACUGUUUUCGAAAACUACAUCACUUACCCCACUCACAACCCUACUGGAAAGACGGUUGAGCUUGCGCUGUGGGACACGGCCGGUCAGGAAGAAUACGACCGUCUGCGCCCGCUGUCCUAUCCCGAGACCGACUUGAUAUUCGUAUGCUUUGCCAUUGAUUGUCCCAACUCCCUGGACAAUGUUCUUGACAAGUGGUAUCCCGAGGUCCUUCAUUUCUGCCCCUACACCCCUCUUAUCUUGGUCGGUCUCAAGUCAGAUCUGCGCUACAAAAAGACUUGCAUCGAGAUGCUCAAGACCCAGGGCCUCACGCCGGUUACAACAGAGCAGGGUCUUGCCGUCGCCGGCAAGAUGAACGCGCAGUACAUGGAGUGUAGCAGCAAAGAAAUGCUCGGCGUUGACGAGAUAUUUGAUCGCGCCAUCAUCACUGUUGUCGCCAACGACAGAAGGAACCAGAAUGCAGCUGCCCGCGACAAGAACUCAGCCGUCCCUGGCAUGAAGCCGCCCAAGAGGAGGAAGAGACUAUGCUUGAUUCUGUAA